GCCGGAACUGUUCAACUAGACCCAUUCGAGACGCAGGUCUUGACGCCAAGUCGGCAGGGGGAAAGGAGGGAUAGAGAGAGAGACUGAGAGAGAUGUCGUCUCUUGGGACGUCGAAGGGGAUGCUGGAGAUAGCCACCUUCGCGGCGAAGGUGGCCGUUCCCAUCGCCGUCAUCUGCACCGUCGCCGCCGACUCCUCCAGAAGCCUGCACAAGUUCUUGGGAUUCCGCCCAUAUGUGGUCUACCCUCCUGAGGGUCCUCGCCCUCCAUCUCUAGAGGAGCUCCAAGAGAUGGCUCGCAAUAAAAAUCUCCGUUGACUGAACACUUCUUCAAGUAGCAUGAUAAUGAUAAGCAUCGUAUGCUAUAUUUCCUGUUGAAGCUAAAGGAAACUGCAGGGAUCACCCUUAUUCUGUGUGAUGGUGUUUGAUCCAAGAGCUUGUGCAAUGCAACUACUUUUUGGAAGGUAUUCAUGCAACUCGAAUUGCCUUGCUGUCCUUCUCAAGCCUUGCUGUCUUUCUCAAGUUGUUUUCAUGUGAAUAGAUGUGUAAUGGUAUAAAUGUGUGACAUGCACAAUUGAUAUAUGCCAAAACCUAAUCAUUUGCUGAUACUGGUUAAAAUUCUGC